AUGCUUGGAGAAGACUCUCAGAAUGUGGUCGACUGCUACCACCGUCAAUAUGCCCUUAAUUUGACCAAUCCAGUCCAAGUACCACCAGUGGCUACACAAUACAACCAGACAUUAACAGACAACUCCGAAGGACACAAUCCACAAUGGUGUACCCUCGAAGAAACAGAUGAUGGAACGAUCAAUUUUGACUGGUCAACGAUAUUAAAUGAACUACAAAUAAGCGACGGCGAUCACUGUGACACAGACUCCGUUAUGCCACAUUACCAGGCAGUACAAUCAAAUCUCAUUAUCGAGUCCUUUACAACGAAAUGGACAUCCACGACCACCAAGAAGACGAAACAGAGGGAUUCUUCGAUGCUUCCGCAAAUUUCCCCUAGCUACACAAGUUCAGUGACGCAGAGAUUGCAACCAAUAUAUUCACCGGAACCGAUUGGAGUGUACAUUCCAAUCGGCACCUCCUUAGGUGGGCUUGACAAACAUGAUUUACAGAAUGAGGCUACGUAUGACUCAGAUUUCGAUGACAAUGAGUCGCAAAGGCGCCGCCGAUUAGCAAGGCUGAAGCGAAGAAAGGCUGAGAAAUCAUUGAGGGCCAUCAAUUUUAGCCGCCAGGUCAAGCAAGUUCGGCAUUCAAGGAAGAAAUCUCCAGAUUGA